UAAAAUGGUCAGCGGAUGCCAGGGGCCGACUCAGAAACGAUUCGAAGUGCCUUGAUGGAGGUUCUUUGCAAAAUAUUAGCAGUGUGCACGCUGCUCGUCAGUGCCCAGGCGUUCGUGGCAGUGGAGCCAGCCAGCUCCAGCUCCAGCGAGCUGUCCUGGAAGUCACUUUUCUUUGAUGCCCUCGUGGGAAACUCCGAUGAGUUGCAGGCUGCAGAAUCCCUGGGUAGCCUUGAGGAGUGCACGGCCAUCUACACGGUGGAAAAUGUCGAGAUCCUCCUAAGUGCCGGCUACAAGAUUCGCCGCUGCAUCAAGGUCGCUGAGAAGGACAUUCGUAGGGACCUGAAGGAUGCCACCCACAAAAAGAAGGAAUUCGAGCGGGAGCUGCGCUCCUGCACCAGCCGCGAUUGCUACGUGGACUCGAUCAUGAACCUGUUCAGUUCCGUCCGCCUCAGCCGUCACGACUACAGGCGCAGCAGGCACUGCAUCCUCAAGGAGGUGGAACAGGCUCUCGUUCAGCUGGACAGGGCGUCCAUCGUCCUUGCCUUUUGCCUCGCAGACCAGCAGCCACCCCAGAACAGCACUCUGUCCCCGCCCAUCUGGAAUACGACUCACACCACUCCCAACUGGAACUGGAACACCACUUCCGGUCCAAAUUUGAACACCACCGAAGGCCCGUGGUGGAACAACACAACCGCUGGACCAAAUUGGAAUACAACUGAGGGUCCCUGGUGGGGAAAUACUACCUCCGGUCCGAACUGGAACACAACCGAAGGUCCCUGGUGGGGAAAUACCACUUCCGGUCCGAACUGGAAUACAACCGAAGGUCCAUGGUGGAACAAUACCACCCAAGGUCCCUGGUGGAACAAUACCACCGAAGGUCCGUGGUGGGGUAAUACCACUUCCGGUCCAAAUUGGAAUACAACUGAGGGUCCCUGGUGGGGAAAUACUACAUCCGGUCCAAACUGGAACACAACCGAAGGUCCGUGGUGGGGUAAUACCACUUCCGGUCCAAAUUGGAAUACAACUGAGGGUCCCUGGUGGGGAAAUACUACAUCCGGUCCAAACUGGAACACAACCGAAGGUCCCUGGUGGGGUAAUACCACUUCCGGUCCAAACUGGAACACAACCGAAGGUCCGUGGUGGGGUAAUACCACUUCCGGUCCAAACUGGAACACAACCGAAGGUCCGUGGUGGGGAAAUACUACAUCCGGUCCAAACUGGAACACAACCGAAGGUCCCUGGUGGGGUAAUACCACUUCCGGUCCAAACUGGAAUACAACCGAAGGUCCGUGGUGGGGUAAUACCACUUCCGGUCCAAAUUGGAAUACAACUGAAGGUCCCUGGUGGGGAAAUACUACAUCCGGUCCAAACUGGAACACAACCGAAGGUCCGUGGUGGGGAAAUACUACAUCCGGUCCAAACAGGAACACCACCGAAGGUCCGUGGUGGGGUAAUACCACUGCCGGUCCAAAUUGGAAUACAACUGAGGGUCCCUGGUGGGGAAAUACUACAUCCGGUCCAAACUGGAACACAACCGAAGGUACCUGGUGGGGUAAUACCACUUCCGGUCCGAACUGGAAUACAACCGAAGGUCCAUGGUGGGGGUGGGGUAAUACCACUUCCGGUCCAAACUGGAACACAACCGAAGGUCCCUGGUGGGGUAAUACCACUUCCGGUCCAAACUGGAACACAACCGAAGGUCCGUGGUGGGGUAAUACCACUUCCGGUCCAAAUUGGAAUACAACUGAAGGUCCAUGGUGGGGAAAUACCACUUCCGGUCCAAACUGGAACACAACCGAAGGUCCGUGGUGGGGAAAUACCACUUCCGGUCCGAACUGGAAUACAACCGAAGGUCCCUGGUGGGGUAAUACCACUUCCGGUCCGAACUGGAAUACAACCGAAGGUCCAUGGUGGGGUAAUACCACUUCCGGUCCAAACUGGAACACAACCGAAGGUCCGUGGUGGGGAAAUACUACCAAUACGACCCCUAACUGGACCUUGUCCACCCCUGUACCCAACUGGAACACAACACAAGGGCCAUGGGGGAACAAUGGAACUACUCUUGGGCCAAACUGGAACACCACCGUCCUUGAGCCACAGUGGAACUCAACCACUGGAAGACCUCAGAACCCAACAACCACCGAAGGACCGCAGUGGAAUGCAACCACAACCGAGGAGCCUGCCACCACACAAGGAAAUUGGUGGGAUAAGUUCAUGAAAGAGGUUGGAUCCCUGUUCUAGGCAGCCCCCACGAGGCAAAGGCACGUCCCAAAGUCUUGUUUGGUGACGGCAAAUAAGUAAUUGUUGUAGCAAAUAAAUCAAAGCAAAAAAUAUAAAUA